AUGGAUGAGCAAGUUAUUUUUACAACAAAUACCUCAGGGACGGUAGCUUCUGUACACUCGUUCGAACAGGUGAAUUUAAGACAGUGCUCUACUCAAUCAAGAAAUAGUUGUGUCCAAGUAGGGAACAAACACUUAUUCAUUGCUCAAGCGCAAAAAGCAUUAAUCAAUGUCUACAAUUUGUCAGGUUCGUUCAAAAGAGAGUCUGUUGAACAGCGCUUACCAUUACCUGAAAUCCUCAAAUGUCUAGAAGUAGUUGAAAAUACUGGCGUGCAGUAUGAUAGAAUUCAAGGUAUCAACCAUAAUUUGCCAGAAUUCAAUCUUCCAUAUCUUUUACUUGGUUCAACCGAAUCAGGUAAAUUGUACAUAUGGGAGCUGAACUCAGGGUUUCUAUUGAACGUAAAGCCUAUGGCUCACUACCAAAGUAUCACCAAGAUCAAGUCUAUUUUGAAUGGAAAGUAUAUAAUCACCUCGGGUAACGAUUCAAGGGUUAUUAUAUGGCAGACAGUUGACUUAGUGUCAUCAUCCAAUGAUGAUCCUAAGCCUAUAUGUAUCCUUCACGAUCAUACUUUGCCCGUGACAGAUUUCCAGGUUUCUUCCAGUCAAGGAAAAUUUCUAUCAUGUACUGAUACGAAACUAUUCACGGUAUCCCAAGAUGCUACGAUUAGGUGCUACGAUUUGAGUCUAAUAGGCAGCAAAAAGAAACAGGAAGCAAACGAAAAUGACGUUAGUAUUGGCAAAGCACCUGUAUUGCUUGCAACAUUCACAACACCUAAUGCUAUCAAAUCUAUUGUUCUUGAUCCUGCUGACAGAGCAUGCUAUAUCGGUACUGCAGAAGGUUGUUUUUCACUGGAUUUAUUUUACAAACUAAAGGGUAAUGCCAUCGUUAAUCUGUUACCAUCCGCAGGUAUGAACACAGUUCAAAAAAGUAGAGUUUUUUCCUUAGUACAACGUAACUUAGUGACUAGUAGCGGAAAUCAGGAUUUGGAUGCACUAUACGCAAUGGGUCAACUUGUCUGUGACAAUCUCCUAAAUUCGAAUGUGUCGUGUCUGGAAAUAUCAAUGGAUGGUACAUUAUUAUUAAUUGGUGACACGGAGGGAAAAGUUUCUAUCGCGGAAAUCUACUCAAAGCAGAUCAUUAGAACUAUCCAAACUUUAACUACAUCACAGGCUUCAGUUGGAGAGGUGACCAACCUCUUAGUCAACCCUUACAGACUCGAAAGUGGAAACCUACUAUUUGAAGGAGAACCCAAGGACAAACAAUCAAGUAAUAGUAAUGGCCACAACUCUAUGAAGAUACCAAACUUGCAAAGAGUUAUUUUCGAUGGUAAAAACAAGGGUCAUUUACACGAUAUCUGGUACCAGAUAGGAGAACCAGAAACAGAGACAGACCCCAGCCUUGCAUUACCACUUAAUCAUUUUAAUGCUUAUUUGGAGCAGGUCAAAGCACAAGAAUCCAUUUUUACACAUAUCGGUAAGGUAUCAAGUGACGUGAAAGUGAUUGACAAUGAAACCAAUGUCACUCAAUCCUUAGACGGCAUUGCCGCUAAAGAUGAAGAAAUUACUGAACUUAAGGCCAACAUAGAAGCGUUAACCCACGCCUACAAGGAGUUACGUGGUAUGCACGAAAAGCUCUACGAGGAACACCAACAGGUGCUCGACAAGCAAUAA